AUGGAGGUUAUACAACGAGCACGCAAUUGCCAAAACUUCGGCAACGCAGGCCAAGUCGACAUCAUCCUGGACCGUGCGAAGGCGUUACAUCAGAAGCACAUAACUUCUGCCAAGGUCAAACAAUUUGGCAUGUUCGAAGCUAUCGACUUUGACCCGGAAUUCGACCGCGGUGAGCGUGCAGCCACUGAAGUAUCGGCUCUAUUCCAAGACGUCGUAGGAUGCGAGGAACUCAUCAAACAGUUUCAAGUUUAUCAAACAACAGCUGCCAACAUGAAAGCACUCGGGAUGGAUGCUCGAGAGCAGCUGCCUUUCAACUUUCUGUUCAAGGGACCGCCAGGCACGGGCAAAACUACUACUGCUGCAAAGAUGGGCAAGAUCUUCUACGACAUGGGAUUCCUCAGCCAGGCACAGGUGGUAGAAUGUUCCGCUACUGAUCUGAUUGGACAGUACGUGGGUCAAACUGGGCCGAAGGUACAGAAGCUCAUGGAGAAAGCCAUGGGUAAAGUUCUCUUCAUCGAUGAAGCGUAUCGCCUUGCAGAGGGCUCGUUCGCCGUUGAAGCGAUGGAUGAGUUAGUCGACUGCUUGACCAAGCCAAAGUUUGCGCAAAAGCUCGUGGUCAUCCUGGCCGGCUACGACAAGGAUAUUGAUCGACUGAUGGGCAUGAAUCCCGGCCUUACCAGUCGCUUCCCCGAAACGGUCAUGUUCAAGCAUAUGGAACCGGAGACUUGUCUAGAGCUUCUUGUCAAGGUUCUCACGGAUGUGCAGAAGAAGAAGAAAGCACCACUUGAUUUCUCGGUUGUCAACCCGCCUUCAGCGCAAUUACGGCAGCAGCUACUGCAGUUAUUUCGUGACUUGUCACUACUGGAGUCAUGGGGCAACGCCCGCGACGUAAAAUCUGUGGCCAAGAGUAUGUUCCAGGCACUCAUUUCGACCGCUGUGCCUCCUAUCACUAGUCUCGUACUUACGGAAGCGAUCGUCAUCCACGCCAUAAGGGAGAUGUUUGAUGAACGUUCGCGACGAAACACCGCUGCAGGCACAAACCGAUUCAAUAAGCAAAUGCCCCCACAACCAAUGCCACAUUCACAAACACAAGAUCGUACCCCACCAACUACGCAAGGUCCAUAUCUCGCAAACACUGCCUCGCCACCGGGAGCGACCAACAUGAAUAACCAAGAAGACAAACCGAAGCCAACCGAGAAGAAACUUGAACCUGAAGCAGAGCCAGCAGAGCCAGAAAGCCCUCUCGGCUCCAUCUUCAAAGCCAAGCGCGACCCAGGCAUCUCCGACGAAGUAUGGGAGCAACUAGAACGCGACAAACACGCCAUGGUCGACAAAGAACGCGAAUUCCGUCGUCUGCAAGAAGAGAAGCGACACUACGAAGAACGCAUCAAGGACUUUAUCCUCGCGGAGAAGGCCGCUGCCGAUGAAGAAGAGCGACGUAUCCGCGAGCAAGCGCGCAUUGCAGCUGAACUGAAGAGACAACGUCGCGAAGAGGAGUUCGCGACGAUUGAGAAGGAGCGAGAGAAGGAGGUGGAGAGGCAGAAGAAGUUGAAGAGGUUGGGAAAGUGUCCGAUGGGGUAUCAGUGGAUUAAGCAGGCUAGUGGAUAUAGAUGUUCGGGCGGGAGUCAUACGCUUUCUGAGGCUAGUGUUGAUGCGUUUUGUCGCUAA